GGGAAAUAGUGGGUGAUGACUGGUGUUCGAGAAGUUUGGAAAGGUUACAAAACAAGAAUCAAGGGAAAGCAUUUUAAGAUAUAUAACAACAUUGAAGAUGUGCUGAAAAAUCGCCCUUUGGAUAUUCCAGAAGUUCAAUUUCGAAAGUUAAUUGCAUAUUGGAGUAUUCCUUCUGUUAAGGCUCUAUCUCGUUUAAAUUCUGAAAAUCGUAAAAAGCAACAACAUCAACAUCGAAUGGGACCUAUAAGUUUUGCAAGAGUGCAUAAUGAAAUGCGUGAAAUGAAUGAAAACAAAGAAGACCCAUCACAGGUUGAUGUGUUUGUUGCAACUCGAACUGGACAAAAAGGAAAAGAAAUUGAUUCAGGAACACAAGCUGAUAAACUUAAGAGCCACCAAGAAGUUGGAGAUACUCCCGAGAAAGCAUCUCCUGCAGUAUUUGGCAAAGAACAACCAGGAAGAGUUCGAUAUACUAUAAGUUCAAUGAAAACUGAACUUCAUGAGACAAAAGACAGAGUCCAAAGAUUGGAAGAUCUUGUGAAGCUUCUCUUGCAACAGAGUUCUCUUGGUACAAAGAUUGAUGAAGCACUGUCUUUAUUACGAGCCAAGGAAUCAACACAUGAUAUAAAUAAUAAGCAAUGUCCAAAUGGCAACGAUCGUCCUUCCUCAUCAACUCGUGAUCCAAAAUGA